AUGAGAAGUUUGCUCCUAUCAAAUAGCACCACUUCUCUUUCCUUUAUCGAUACAUCGCGUUUAACCUUUGAAGCCGUUUUAGAGGUUGUUAUUAUAUGUCUUGCAGGGUUCAUUGCCGCUAGAUCGGGGUUGUUAAACACGCAAGGUCAAAAGCUACUAAGCUCACUAAAUGUCGACUUAUUCACACCAUGUCUUAUAUUUUCCAAAUUAGCAAGUUCACUAAGUAUAUCAAAGCUUCUUGAUAUUAUUGUUAUCCCUAUAUUUUUCGCCAUUUCAACCUUGAUUGCUUAUGGAUGUUCUAGGGUAACUUCGUUUUUUUUACAAUUAAAUGACCCCGAAUCAGAUUUCGUUACUGCUAUGGCAGUAUUUGGUAACUCAAAUUCCCUUCCCGUGUCGCUCACUUUGAGUUUGGCAUAUACUUUGCCUGGUCUAUAUUGGGAAGAUAUAGAUGAUGACGAUAGCGACAAAGUUGCAGGUAGAGGUAUCUUGUAUUUGUUGAUUUUCCAGCAAUUGGGACAAAUUUUGAGAUGGUCUUGGGGUUUUAAUAAAUUGUUGAGAAAGAGGUCUCAUUUGGAAUUGAAUACUUACUAUACAAAGAAUGGAGCCUUGGUGCUUUCAGAACAAUCAAGAUUACUUGAUGGCGAACAAGCUUUGUAUAUCGAUCAAGCAGAAGUGGAGGAAGUCUCAAACGAAGUUGAGCCAUCCUCAGCCUCAGAGUCAUCGUCCUCAGCCUCAGCCUCAGCCUCAGCAUCAGCUUUGGCAUCAGCAUCAGCAUCAGCAUCAGCCUCUUCUUGCUCUUCAUCAUCCAAUUCCGAUGAUGAUGAUAAUGAAGAUGAAGAUGAUGAUGAUGAACACAGGGAAGUCAAGAUUCAAAGUCAGGGUAGAAUUUCAACUUUUCUAUCCAAGGUGGCUGGACUCUCAUUUGUGAAGCUGUUUCUUGCAUUUAUGAACCCCCCUUUAUAUACAAUGUUGAUCAGUGUUGUAGUUGCGUCAACUCCAUUACAACGCGUGUUUUUCAGUUCGGGAAAUGAAACCAGCGAUGGAUCAUUUAUUCAAAACACAUUCACUAAAGCAAUUACAAACUUGGGUUCAGUUUCAGUACCACUUAUCCUAAUAGUUUUAGGCUCAAAUUUGUACCCUUCGCAAGAUAUACCGGCGGCUUCAAAACAUUAUAACCGAAUGCUUUUUGGCUCACUAGUAUCAAGAAUGAUUUUACCUCCAAUUAUAUUACUUCCGAUAAUUACCGUAUGUGUCAAAUAUAUCAACCUUUCCAUUUUGGAUGAUCCGAUUUUUUUGAUUGUUGCAUUUGUGUUGACUAUAAGUCCUCCAGCAAUUCAGUUGAGUCAAAUUUCGCAAUUGAACGGAAUAUACCAAAGAGAAAUGUCGGGUGUUUUGUUUUGGGGAUACGUAGUAUUGACUUUGCCUACCACGAUUUUUAUAGUUGUUUGUUCUUUAGAGGUAUUGAAAUGGGCUCAGCUGUAG